CUUAGAAAAAUCCAACAGGUGCAGAACGAUUCGGACACCCAAAUAGCGCAGUUUUCCUGCGUCAUCGAAGAGCUUAGGAGCAAGAUCAAGGAAAUGGAGACUGAGCAUAGUGAUAAGAUGAACGUGGUGGUUCUCGAGUACGAAGAGAAAAUCCAGCGCAGUGCUGCUCAGAUCGCCCAGUUGCAGGAGCAGUUAGCCCGGCAAGCGGCGCGAACGGACUCCAAUAUCGAUGCCUACAGACGGCGAUUAGAAGAGCUUGAGGAGAAAAUCAAGCAGAGUCAGUUUAAGCAGUACCUGGCGCAAAGUUCGUACCCUUCCCAGUAUGAGAGCCAAGUGGAGCGGCCAUAUUCUAUGAACCGAAGCCCGUAUCCCGAAACCAGUUCGGUAGACUUGGAGCCUGUUUAUGAGGGUAAAUCGAAGUUUACGCCAGCUAUGAGCCAGAAGGCACCAAAACCUGUACCUCUACAGGUCAUGUACUACGGGCCUAAAACGCACUGCCCAGGCCCACCGAAGGUAGAGAAGAAAGGCUUCAACAUAACGAAGAAACGGAAGCUGUACAACGAGAAAGAUUUUCAAGAUUUCUAAAUUGACAAUGACUUGUUUAACUUUUGUUCCUUAUUGUUUUUGCUAAAGAGUUAAUUACAGCAUGAUACUUUUUUACUAUUGUCCGUGUCUGUUGUUAAAUAAA